AUGAAAAGAAAAUAUUUAUGUGGUCAUAAUCGUCCGUUAACGCAUGUAAAUACAAAUUAUGAUGGAGAUUUAUUAUUUACAACAGGAAGGGAUAAAAAAUUUAUUUUGUGGAGAUUAUCAGAUGGAAGCCAAAUAGGCCUGUACGAGUGCAGCGGGGCUGUGUAUAAUUCGGAUGUUACUUACGAUAGCAAAAGAAUAGUAUGCUCAUCUGCAGCUAAUAAAGUUUAUAUAUUUGACGUGUACACAGGAGAAACUUUAAAAGUUAUUGAAGAGAGCGGUCCUGUGCGAUUUGUUGAGUUUAAUAAAAAUCCAUUAGAUCAGAAUAAAAUAGUUGUAGCAAAUGAUAGGUUAAAAGCUGACCAUAAAAGAUUUAUUAAAUUAUAUGAUUUAAAAAGUGAUACAUUGAUAUGGAAACAAGAACAUGAGAGUAGGUGCAUACAAGUGAGGUGGUGUUUUUUUGAUAAAAUAAUUUUAUCAGCACAUGAAAAUGGGGAAAUAGUAAUAUGGAAUGCUGAGGAUGGUCAUCAAAUGAAUAAAUUCCAAGCUCAUUCAAAAGAGGUUACAAAUUUAGCUUUUGAUAAAGAUAGGAUGAUCAUGUUGAGUUCAUCAACAGAUGGAACAGCAACCCUGAGGGAUGCUAUAAAUUUUGAAAUUAUAAAUGAAUAUAAAGCUGAUAGACCUUUAAAUACAUGUGAUAUAUCCCCAUUGUUUAAAAGUGAAAAUAAUCCAAAAAAUCAUAUUAUCCUAGCAGGUGGUCAAGCAGCUGAACAUGUUACCACGACUGCUACAGGAGAGGGAAAGUUUCAAACUCUGCUUUAUGAUAUAAUACAUGCAAAUGAGCUAGGCAGUGUUAAAGGACAUUUCGGUACUGUACAUUCUAUUAAAUUUUUACCACACGGAGAUGGUUUCGUUUCAGGGGGUGAAGACGGAUUUGCAAGAAUAUAUCAUUUUGAUAAGGAUUAUUUUAUAGGGAAAUAUGAUUAG